AUGACUCUGUUACAGUCGAGUCAGCAUGGGGAUGCAGAGAUGGGGAUCAAGGUACAGUGCACCAAGCCUGAAGGUCUCGCUGAGCAGAACACCAGCACCAGACAUUUUGAGGUUCUCGUUGACAUUGAGAGUAGUCAAUUCACUAACUACCUGUUUCAAGAAAAGGAGAAAUGCAAGGGCAGAGAAUACGUGGCUGAGGGUCCAUUGAUAGAACGGAAAUAUCACGGUGUCAUGACGGUGCGUAAAGCAGUCAGCAUGAUGGUGGCUGCAUGGGUUCUGGCAUUCUUCAUUGGACUUCUCCCCCGCGUAUAUUUUUCUCUGCUACAGAUACGUCAGAUCGCCGUGCAGGAACUCGUGUUGGCGUUCAACGGCGGAGGCGACGCCGCGGACGAUGCCGCCAGUCAGGUUCGCAGCAGCCUCUGGAAGCGCGAGGUCCGCGCCGCGAAGUCGCUCUUCUUCAUCAUCAUCUUCUUCUUCGUCUGCUGGUACCCGCUGCACAUUCUCGACGCCAUCAUGGCGUUCACGGACAUCGAGUUUCCGAUUCAGUUGCUCAACGUGCUCGUCUAUCUGUCGCACGCGAACUCGGCCAUCAAUCCGUUCCUGUACGCGUUCGCGAGCGGAGAGUUUCGCGCCGCCUUCCGCAGCAUAUUCGCCGUCUGGUUCCCGCGCUGCUGCAAAGCGAGCCCCGAAGAUAAGAAUCAGAUGGAAGCAACCUCCAUGCAGCGCCACGACCGCUAG